AAUCAUAUUGGGCAGUCGCAUGAUGCGCUCUGCAUCGAGAUGGAGGCUGCCGGCCUUAAGCACGACUUCCCAAGUCUUGUUGUGCGGGGGAUAUGCGACUACGCAGAUUCUCACAAGAGAAAGGAGUGGCAGGACUACGCGGCAGCAACGGCAGCUGCAUUCGCAAAGAAGUUCCUGCUGCAUAGCGCCCCGGCAGUCCCGAGCCAGCCGUUCACCAGAGCUCUGGGAGCAGUCGAGAAAGUGCCACAACCACCUAAGUCGGAGUUGGCGCUCCGGCAGGAAUUGUUGGAGAGCCUGUCCUUCGAACAGAUUGAUGCCCGCUACGAAGACAUCAGCGAGCCCCACGACGAGACGUGCGCAUGGAUCAUCGAGAGUCUGGCAUACCGCGAUUGGCUGGAUGCCACCCGGCACUUCGCCCACCAUGGGUUUCUCUGGAUCAGGGGCAAGGCUGGGGUCGGCAAAUCGACCAUCAUGAAAUACCUGUUCGAGACAACUCAGAGCAAUGCUGAAACCAACGAUCUCGUCCUCGCCUUCUUCUUUCAUGCCCGAGGCAAUGAUCUCGAGAAGUCCACGACAGGCAUGUAUCGUUCACUCUUACUACAACUGCUAAAAGCGGUGCCGGAUCUCCAAGCUAUUCUUGACAGCCAUAGCGGCUGCGAUUGGACGGCCAAUAGAUUGCAUAGGCUGUUGUCAAAGGCGGUGGCAAAGCUCGGGCCGCGGCGCUUGACGCUAUUCAUCGAUGCCCUCGAUGAGUGCGGAGAGGAGGAAGGUUUAGCGAUGGUUAAGAGAUUUCAGAUGCAGGCUAGAGAUGCCUUCGCAAGCGCCGUCACAUUUCGAAUCUGCUUCUCUAGUCGACCGUACCCGGUAGUCGAUAUGCGUAAAGGCAUUCAGAUCGUGCUCGAAGAACAAUUCGGCCACGCGCAAGACCUUAGCCGAUAUGUCCGAGCCGAGCUGUCGAGCUGGCCGGGGACAGUACGCGAUGAUCUUAUCCAAAACAUCAUUUCGAAGGCGAAUAGUGUAUUUCUCUGGGCAGUCUUAGUGGUCAACUUGCUCUCCCAGGACUGGAGACACGGCCGUACCGAUGCCACUCGGAUUCAAGAGCGCUUGGAACGGCUACCGCCACAGCUGAGCGAUCUCUUCAGAGAGAUCAUCCAGGGCGGUUCCGACAGUAACGAA